AUGGGCGCGUACGAAGCGCUGCCGUACUUUGCGUACGACCGCGCGGGCGAAUGGGCGGCGAUCCUGCCAAACUUUGGCCUCGAAGGAACGUCGUGGAGCGCGCUCCUCAACGAGCUCCAAGCGCGCGAAGCAAGGGAGGGCGUGCCGCACAAGCUUGUGUACCUUGCGCGCCAUGGCCAGGGAUACCAUAACUUUGCCGAGGAAAAGUACGGCAGCCCAGCGUGGAACGCCAAGUGGGCGCGCCUCUGCGGCGACGGCGACAUUACGUGGGGCCCCGACCCGCGCCUCACGCCGCUGGGCAAGGCACAGGCAGGCGCAGUAAACGCGGCGUGGAAGGCGGCACGCCAAAGCAACGACGCGCCGCCCCUUCCGCAGCUCUUUUGCUCCAGUCCGUUCUACCGCAGUCUGCACACGGCCGACCUGUCCUGGGAGGGGGUCUGUGCGCCGACCUUCUGUAUAUACGAGAACCUACGCGAAGUCUGCGGCCAGCACACUUGCGACAAGCGCAGUACCAAGGCGGAGUUGGUUCGCAUUGUCGAGCGCGAGCUCGCCGCGCCGCACCUCGUGUUCGAGCCUGGAUUCGCAGACGAUGACCUGUUGUGGACGCCGGAGCGCGAGUCGGACGAUGCUAUGCGCGACCGCGUCCGCACGGUCAUGGACUCGAUUUGGCAGGGUGCCGGGCACGAUGCGCGAGUCAUUAGCAUUACGUGCCACGGCGGAGUGAUGCAGCGCAUCUUUGAGAUUACAGGCCACGUCAUGCUUCCCCUGCCAGUCGGAGGUACGCGGCGCUUCUGA